AUACCAAACUUGUUAAACCCAUACACCAUCAUAAUUGGAGAUCUACAAGCCCUUUGAACACUUUUAGGGUUGCUGCAUAUGUCACAUCUUCAAGCUCUUUCAUGCCAACAAUAGAGGGGGCAGACUAGUGUACAAUGGUUUAGAGAUAAUGUGAGUUCAUUUUACUGGAAGUUAAUCAACUUACUUCAACAGGGCAAUAUUUUGCCAUAGUGCAAAUCUCAUUUCUCAAGAAAUGGAAGUAGUGACAGGUUUCGCUGCUAAUCUUCUAGCUAAAAUUGGAGAACAACUUAUUGUUAAGACUCGCCGUCACCUAGGAUAUGUGUUCUUCUAUAACAACUACGUUAGAAGUCUCGAGGAACAAGUGAAAAAGUUAGAGGUCAAAUCAAAAGGAAUGAUACUAGAUGUUGAAGAAGCCACUAGAAACGGAGAAAUUAUUGCACCACAGGUUGACGAGUGGUUUACGAACGUGGAAAUAGUAUUUGAAGAGUCUGCAAAAUUUCUUGAAAAAGUUAAAGAAAACAAGGAUAUCCUGAAAGGUUGGUUUCCAAACAUCAAAAGACGUUAUAUCUUAGGCAAGAAAGCAAGGAAGAAGACUGAGAAGGUUGCCAAGUUAACAACGGAAGUGUUUCCUAGGAUAUCCUACCCGGCACCUCCACUGGCAGUAGGAGACAGAUCUAUCAAAAAUUUUAGAAACUUUGAAUCUAGAAUACCUACCAUAAAUAAGUUGAUGAUGUGGUUAAAGGAUGAUAGCAAAAAUAUUAUAAGCUUAUGUGGUAUGGGAGGAUCAGGAAAGACCACAAUGGUGGAGGAAGUCGCGAGGCGUGUAAAUUGGGAGAAAUUGUUUGACGAGAUCAUUUUCACAGUGGUCUCAAAAGAUCAUGAUCUGAUGAAAGUUCAAGAAGGUAUAGCAAAAGGGUUGGGAUUAAGGUUCAAAAGUCAGAAUUUAGAAGGAAGGGCAGAUGAAUUAUGGAAGCGGCUACUCCAAAGCAAGAAGGGAAAUCUUGUGAUACUUGAUGAUGUGUGGAAAUAUAUUGAUUUGAAUGAUAUUGGAAUUCCUUUUGGAAAAGAAUAUAAUUGCAAAGUGCUUUUGACUUCGCGUAGCGAAGAAGCGUGCAAAGCAAUGGGGUGCAAUGAUAUUCUAGGACUUGACAUAUUAACACAAUCAGAAACUUGGAGUCUUUUGGGAGAGAUGGUUGGUGAAUCAAUACAUGAUCCAAGUCUGCAUGAAACUGCAUCUGAAAUUGCAAAAAAGUGUGGAGGUUUACCCAUUGCAAUAGUAUGCCUUGGUAGAGCACUGAAGGACAAAAGAAAAGAAGUGUGGAACGAUACGCUUCAAAAACUGCAGAGAUCUAUUGUACCAGAAAACAUGGAAGGCGUAAAGGAAGACGUUUAUAAGUCUCUACAAUUAAGUUAUGAUCUUUUAGAUGAUAAGGAAGCCAAGAAUGUCUUUAUUUUGUGUUGUCUGUACCCAGAAUAUGCAAAUGUCCCACUAGAAGCAUUGGUACGUUGUGGGAUCGGGUUGGAUUUCUUUAGAGGGGUCGACUUACUUAUAGGAGCAAGAGACAGGGUACAUGCACUCACUGAUAAACUUAAAAGUCGCUAUCUGUUGUUAAGUGGUGAUAGAAAAUCUACAGUGAAGGUACACAAUGUUGUGCGUGCGGUAGGAAUAUCGGUCGCCUCUACAUCAAAGCUAAACAUGGAACAAUUCAGUGCAAUGGUGAUACAUGAGGAUAGAUGGCCUAGAGGUAUAGCAUACAAAGAUUACAGUGCAGUUUCAGUUGUAUCAAAUGAACUAUCCGAGAUACCUUCACGCGGAUUGAAUUUUCAAAAACUUGAACUUUUACAACUCUCGUGUCCACAACUCUCUUUAGAGAAACUGAAUACCAUGUUUCAGGGAAUGAAUAUGUUAAGAGUUGUUGAAUUGUGGAACAUGGCUAUAUCAUCAUUCUCAUCAUUACUAAUUGCUUUGCCUAGAGACAUUUUCUCUUUGUGUAUGGACUGCAAAAUGGAACAUAUUGGAGAUAUUAGGCCAGAGGAGUUCAAGAAUCUUGAAAUACUGAGUUUAGGAAACUGUGACAUUAAAGAGGUGCCCAUGCAGAUGGGAAAAUUUGUUAAUUUGAAGCUACUAGACUUGAGCCGUUGUCACCGGCUUGAAAGGAUCGCACCUGGUGUCAUCUCAAGCUUGUCUCAACUAGAAGAACUUGACACAGGAUCAAAGUGGUGGGGAGAAGAAGAAGGUGAUGCAAGCCUCGCUGAAUUAGAGUCCUUGACUAACUUAAUAUAUUUAGGGAUCCGCAUUACAUCUUUAAAGAUCCUUCCUAAGAACUCUAUCUUUGCAAAACUACAAAGGUAUGUGAUUUCUGUGGGAGUUCAUAUCGAAAAAACACGUUCCUUCAAUAACAGGAUGCUUUUGCUGAAGCAUGAGAGUACAGAUACACAUUUAACUGGUGGCAUUGACAAGUUGUUAAGGAAGAACACAGAAAAGGUAUUCUUGUCUGGAGAUGGUAUGAAAACUGCUCUAAAGGAGCUAGUUCCAGGUGGUUUUCAGUUAGUGAAGAAUUUAACUGUUGAAUACUGUAACAGUGAAGGGAUGGAGUAUCUUUCUGAUUACAACUACUCAUCGAAUGGUGCCGGUGUCUUUAGUAAUCUGGAAAAACUGCGUAUGGAGAAAAUGUGGCUUUUAAAGGGUAUAUUACGUCACAAUGGCCAAGGGCUUCCAACUAAAUCAUUUUCACGGUUACGCAAGAUCCAUCUGUCAGUUUUACCCGAAAUAACCUAUCUGUUUACACAGUCAGUAGCAAAGAAUUUGGUGUUGUUGGAAAGCCUUCAUAUAGAAUACUGCACAAAUAUGAAACAAGUCAUUUUCAAUCCAUGGACAUCUACACUUGAAAGUACCACCGAAAAUAAGAUCCCGUUCCCAAAGUUAACCGAGUUAAUCCUCAACGAUGUUGUAAGUCUCAUUUGUUUUUCCCAGGGGGCCAACCUUCAGGUGGAGUUUCCUCAACUGAAAGUGUUGAAGCUUGAAUAUUUACAAAAUUUCUCUACCUUUUGUCCUGAAGAGGUCAAUUUGGCUUCAAAGACUAACUACAGAGGCGCGAAGUUUCAAUCUCUGGUCAACCACAAGGUUGAAUUUUCCAUCUUGGCUGAAUUGACAAUCACGAAUGUUGCCAAUCUGAAGGAAGUUUGGAGUGGUCACCUUCCAAAUCUAGUGCAUCUACAAGGACUUUAUAUUCAAUUCUGUCACAUGAUGGAAGAAGUUAUCUCAAUCCAAAGACCCUCUAUAACUACAAUAAAAGAAAGGAUUGUGUUCGUCAAACUAAAAGAAGUAAUCCUAUUUGGUUUGAACAGGCUCACUUAUUUCUGCAGAGGGGUUGAUCAUAUUGAGUUUACCCAACUAAGAGUUUUACGACUGCGUUGGCUUACACAUUUCAGAACUUUCUGUCAAGAAGAUACUACUGAUCACCCGUCUUCUGUCUUUGAUGACAAGGUCGCAUUUCCCAAUCUGGAGACACUUGAAGUGUCUGAACUCGAUAGUGUUGAAGAGUUAUGGUCCAGCCAACUUGCAACGACCCAAUUUGGUAAACUAAAAUCUCUUAGAGUUGAUAAAUGUCACAAGCUGGUCAACAUAUUUCCAUCGGAUUUGCAAACGCUAUUUCCAAGUCUAGAAAAGUUAGAAGUCGAAAAGUGUGAUUCACUUGAACAUGUGUGGGAUUCCAAAGGGGUACAAAUCAGAAACCUGAAAAGUGUUCAUGUUUAUGAGUGUCCAAAGUUGAAAAAUUUGUGCUCUUUUCACACAUUCAAAGGUCUUUCAAAUCUUCAGAUUCUGGAUAUAUGUAGAUGCAAGAUGAUGGAGGCAGUAGUUGCAGAUGACCACAAACAUGGAAAAAUAAAUGAAGUUCUUUCCCUCAAUCAAUUGGAAGAAGUGAAGCUUGCAUUUCUACCAAAUCUUAACUACUUCUCCCACACUAAAUGUGACAUGGAGCUACCAGAACUAACCCAAGUGGUUAUCAAGAGUUGUCCAGAUAUGUACACUUUCUCUGUAAGUUCAGUUAUCACACCAAACCUUAAGUCUGCAAUGGUUGAUGAUGUAGAGAGCUUGUUGGGUGACCUCAACAGUACCAUGCGGAAUAGAUCUUCGAUUUGGGAAUAUUAGCCUUCUCUACAUGGUAUAAUACAGGGCAGAAAAAUUAUGGACUUCCAUAGAAAAGAAAGAGGAUGGACCAAUAACAUAUGUUCUUCAAGAAAUUUGAACCAACACUGUACUGAAAACCGAAACAUAGAAGCUUCAAAAGGAUUGUUCAUGGAAUGUAAUAACAAUUUAUUUGCCUGGAUUUUCAUUUUAAAUACUGGAAUAAUUUAUUCUUGUCCUAUAUAUUUGAAAAAGAAUAACCAUGUUGCUUUCACCUAAAA